AUGGUCAGAACGAAAAGUAUCUCUGAACGGGAGAAAACAGCGAAACUGAUCGCGAAGACACGUGCGUCGAUUCGUAAGAAACACAGAGCAUUGAAGACUGGUAUAAUGAAGAAUGAGAUCGUUCUAGAGAAACAAUUAAAACCUAUUAUCGAACCGUUGAAACAAAUUGCUGGAAACACUGAACGUGGAAGUAAACCAUUUGAAACUAAGUUUAUGGAGAAUAAGCAAAAGAAUAAACGUGAGUGCAGCGAUGAUGAGGAUGAUGAUAACGACAACGACGACGACGAUGAUGAUAAUGAUGCAAUUCCAACACAAAUUACUCCCCAGCGUCUUUCAUGGAACAAACAAAUAAAAAAGAAACGAUUAAACGUCAUGUCUGAUUCGUCCAUAAUUCAUUCCACACCAAUAGAAUCACAACAAGUAACUCCUUUUGACUUACAGGACGAAGAAGUUUUUAAAAUCAGUGAUGAUCCAUCGCUUGAAACGUCUGUCAGACAGGAGCACACCUCAAGGUCGUCAUAG